AUGGGUCUGGCUUGUUCCCGGCUGCGCUCCCAGCUUCGGGCACAGAGCCUUGAUAAUCGCAUAGCAGCAACCCCGGCUCCCCAGCUCUUCUCCUCUGUUCGCCUCUCCAUCCCUUCAUCUGUCUGUCCCUUCAGAGAGGGGGAGGGGUACCGGAGCCACCGCCACCACCUCCACGUCCCUUCCAUCCUCGACAAGAUGCCUGCCCCCGGCGCCCUCAUCCUCCUUGCGGCCGUCUCCGCCUCCGGCUGCCUGGCGUCCCCGGCCCACCCCGAUGGAUUCGCCCUCGGCCGGGCCCCACUGGCUCCUCCCUACGCCGUGGUCCUCAUUUCCUGCUCUGGCCUCCUGGCCUUCAUCUUCCUCCUCCUCACCUGUCUGUGCUGCAAACGGGGCGAUGUCGGCUUCAAGGAGUUUGAGAACCCUGAAGGGGAGGACUGCUCUGGGGAGUACACUCCCCCAGCGGAGGAGACCUCCUCCUCACAGUCGCUGCCUGAUGUCUACAUUCUCCCGCUGGCUGAGGUCUCCCUGCCAAUGCCUGCCCCACAGCCUUCACACUCAGACAUGACCACCCCCCUGGGCCUUAGCCGCCAGCACCUCAGCUACCUACAAGAGAUUGGGAGUGGCUGGUUUGGGAAGCUCACCCAUUCCCCCUCUAUUGCUCACCCACUCCCACUGGCCCCAUCCCCCCACAUCUGUCAGUCAGCGCUUCCCUCCUCACUCCAUUGA